CAUAAACAUGCAGUGCUCCAUAGCAUACGGUUGGGCAAUUCUUUACCUCGGCUGUUUAAUUGCAGUUGAAUCUAAAGGGAAGAAACCCAGUGGUGGAGGUGGCCAGGGUACUGGACAAGUCAUUAAAGAUGAAUUUGGGAACCUUGAAGAAGCAAUGCAACUCCUGAUCGAAAAACUGAAAACAGAUCUGAAAGAAGAUUCUGCAAGUAUAAGAGAUGAGGUCUCAAAUCUGAGGGAUGACGUGUCCAAUCUAAGAGAUGGUGUGUCCACUCUGCAAGAUGAUUUAUCCACUUUACGAGAUGGCGAAUCUGGUAAUAUUGCUAGUAUAAGAGAAGAGUUGUUAAAUCUAAGAAUGGGGGAAUCUGAUGUUCGUGAUAAUCUGGUGGAAUUGAAAGAAUCGAUGGUAGAAAUAAAGAAACAGUUGAGCGAAUUGUCAAAUGACAACACCGAGAAAGAUGACACUGGCGACAUUAAGACAAAUGUACCACUGCUUGACUCAGAAGUUUGCAACAAGUCCUCCACAAUGUUUCAAGAAAUUAAAGAUCAGUUGAAAGGCUGCCAAAAAAAUGAGUUAACAACCGAAAGUCGUUUUAAUGUUCCCGCCAGUUCUGAAGUUUGUAACAAAUCAUCAAGGAUGUUUGAAGCCAUUCAAGAACAACUAAAGAACUUUCGACGCCCGGAAACCACGGAGAAUAAUAAAGCAAAUGGAAAAUUCAACGAGUCCACAUCGGGGACAGAAUCGUUGAAGGAAGAUCUUGAAAUGAUGAUUCGGGAACAAAUGAAGAAACUAGUAGAGACGUGCAAGACAGGAUCAGAUGAUCAAACAUAUUCAGAACUGCCUAACAAUGUCACAUUUCCUGUCGGAGAAGAUUGCAACGGGCAUUCGGAUGGAGUCCAUGUAAUAACCACCAGGAGUGGUAAACGGUUUCUUGCAAGAUGUGAAAGUGGUUGGCUCAUACUUGCACAUCGUUACGAUGGGAGUGUAGACUUCAACCUUGGGUGGGCAGCUUACAAACUGGGAUUUGGUGAUAUCAUGAAAGAACACUUCAUAGGAAUGGACAACAUUGUGGCUGUGUUACAACAGAAGAGAUACAAGGCAAAGUUUGACCUGACAACAUGGGAGAAUGAGACACGAUACGCUGAAUAUAGAACAUUUGACAUUAAUGAUGAAAAGGACAAAUACCGGUUGAAUAUUGAUGGUUACAGUGGUACAGCAGGUGAUCCAAUGUUACAUGCAAAUCAUGACCAAUUCUCAACCAAGGAUUCUGAUAACGAUGUUGACAGUAGACAUUGCGCUGUGGUUUUUCAAGGGCCUUAUUGGUAUGGAAGUGGUUGUGAUGGUGCACUUGGAUCUGUUUUUGUUAGAAUAGGUGUGCUUGGAAUAUGUGUUCUUGAAAUAGGUGUGCUUGGAAUAUGUGUGCUUGAAAUAGGUGUGCUUGGAAUAUGUGUGCUUGAAAUAGGUGUGCUUGGAAUAUGUGUGCUUGAAAUAGGCGUGCUUGGAAUAUGUGUGCUUGAAAUAGGUGUGCUUGGAAUGUGUUCUUGA